AUGAGACUGGUCCCCGACCCGCCGGACCUAGAGGAAUGGAGGAAGAGAUUGUUUGAUGUGAACGAGACGAUUAUACUUAGCGAAGAGCAAUUCCAAACCUACUUCCCCCACGUGGACAACGUCUACUCACAUCGUUCGACGCAAAAAUAUAAGCGUAAACCCUUCAUCUCGCAUUAUUGGGACUGCCGGCUCAAGGGGCGACCGCCGGGUACCCCGAAAUCCAAUGACCCGAACAAGAGGAAGCGCAAACGCACCGCCCGACAGCGAGACCUGUGCGACGUCAAGAUCAAGAUCACCGAGUACUUUCCUGGCGCAGGAUUCUCUUCAGACGAAUUUGCCGCAGAUGCUACCCUUAUCAACAACGCCUCAGGCCUUUUUACAAAUGAUCUCGCGAGAGAAACACAACCGUUCGGCAUCCUCACCCCCAACCCGGCCCUCCCAGCAGGGCAUCCCGGCGCCAAAGGCGAGCGGUACUUCACCGUCCAGCGGGUGAACGGGAACAAUGGCAAUGGCAAGAAUGAUGGGGUUGGCGGCGGCCACCGUCAUACCUUGGAAGAGAGUGAUCGUGUCAAGAAGAAUAGCGUCCAGCGCUAUCUAAUGAACAGUGUCAAGCAGCAGAAGAAGAAAACAGUACAUAUCAAGAUCAUCAUGUCUAACCUGCCACAGCAAAAAACAUAUCACACCAAAGCCACUGGGCUGGCUGCAUUGACCGUUAAGAAUCAUUCCAAGGACGCGGAUUUGAAACUAUACGGGAGUUGUUUCUGUCCCUUCGUGCAGCGCGUCUGGGUCGCGCUAGAACUCAAGGAUAUCCCGUACCAGUACAUCGAGAUCGACCCGUACAAGAAGCCAGAAUCACUGCUCGCCGUAAACCCGCGAGGCCUUGUCCCUGCGCUGCGACACGGGGAUUGGGGGUGCUACGAGAGCACCGUCUUGUUGGAAUACCUUGAGGACCUGAACACCGGCACACCCCUGCUUCCACCUGGGGACCCAAAACUCCGGGCUCAUUGCCGGCUUUGGGCAGACCAUAUCAACCGCCACAUAGUACCGAACUUUUACCGCGUUCUUCAGGAGCAAGACCGGCAGCAACAGAUUUCUGCAGGCCAGGAGCUGCGCGACAAGCUCGAGCAGCUGGUCCAGGCUGCACAUCCCCAGGGCCCCUUUUUCCUUGGCCCACAAAUCUCAUUUGUCGACGUUCAGAUCACGCCCUGGAUAAUCCGGUUGAGCCGCGUCCUCAAGCCUUAUCGUGGAUGGCCCGACCCUGAGGUUGGGAGCCGCUGGGCUGCGUGGGUCAGCGCAAUCGAAUCCAACGAGCACGUUCAGGCGACAACUAGUUGUGACGAGCUGUAUCUGGAUAGCUAUGAACGAUACGCCCAAAACCGACCCAACACUUCCCAAGUUGCGAAUGCUAUCAAUUCAGGGAGCGGUCUGCCGUGA